AUGCCACCGUCCGCAGACACUCCUCCGAGAUGGACUCUCGGAAUACUGAACGACAGGGAAACUGUCGAUGUCCCCGGUAAGCACGCCCUCAAGCCAGAAGCCGCUGUCACGGGCCCUAAUAUUUCCGACCGCCUAGGCUCUGUGCGUCUGCUGGCUAGGGACCAUGACCAGCCUCUGGGACUGUCGAGUAUCCCGCGAAGAAACUCCGCAUCCACGCUGCCCACGGGCAUUCCAUGGGGCUUUGCCGACCCCCCACCCGAGAAUGGACCAAAGAGAACGAGGGACGGGCUGAUGAUUCUGGACCCGCAACCCGAGGAGUCGGUCAACGACCCCCUGAACUGGCCCUCUUGGCGGCGGAACCUCGCCUUGCUGUCAGUCGGGCUUUACUGCAUGGUUGGAGGUGGCCUGACUCCAUUGCUGGCCGCCGGCUUCCCUGCCAUCGCGCGAGAUUACCACGUUGAAGUCGCCGAUGUUUCUCUCACAACGGGCAUGUUCAUGCUGGGCCUGGGAGUCGGCUCUGUCAUCGCUUCGCCAACAGCCAUCCUCUUCGGGAAGCGGACGGUCUAUCUCGGUAGUGCCGCGGCCGUCAUCGUCUGCUCCAUCUGGUGUGCUCUGGCCCCCAACUUCACCUCGCUCGUCGUCGCCCGCGUCUUCCAGGGCAUCGCGGUCAGUCCCGUCGAGUGCCUCCCAGGAGCCACCAUCGGCGAGAUCUUUUUCCUGCACGAGAAGGCCUUUCGUAUUGGGAUAUACACGCUGCUGCUCCUGAGCGGCAAGAACAUCAUCCCGCUCAUCAGCGCUGCCAUCAUGCAGAGCCUCAGCUGGCGAUGGGUGUUUUGGGUCAUUACUAUGGUGCUCGUGUUCUGCGGCGCUCUGCUCUUCUUGUUUGUGCCGGAGUCGUUCUGGGACCGAAAUCGGGCAUCAAAGCAGGAAGGGCCAUCGUGGCCCGUGACACUGGCUCACAGACUUUCGAGCGUCGUAAGUGGCAGAUCAAGUGCCAGUCUUGCGCCACGGCCUUCCUCUACGACCCCUGGGUCUACGAGCGGGAUCCCCCCGAUGACGCCAAGGGAGCUCGAAGACGUACCUACGCCCUUGUUUCUCGACAAGAGAGACAAGCGCGCUCACUUCGUCGACAGCCCCCACUACCCCGGUGACCCGACGAGCUCCGCGGCUUCGGAAACUGCGGUGGCGACGGCUGAGGACUCCAGGAGGGAUUCCUUCAUGUCUGGCAGCACCAUAGCCCUGCCUCCCCAAGUACAUCGAAUCCACUCUGCUCAGCCGGUAGGCGAAGAUACAUCGCUGAUCCCACUCAGCGGUAAGCGCCGUUGCUCGAGUCACACGUCGCUCCGAAGUCGUGCUCACUCUCACGACCACGGUUACUUCAUGAUUCUCGACGGGAGAAACUCCAGAGUAGUGCAUGUCCGCGGCAUGUCAAUAGACCACACCAGCGGUCCCAACACAGUCGGUGGCUUCCCUGUAAUACCACCGGGGCCUGCGGUGCGGCAGAGCCUUGAAGACGCGUGCCGGAGUAUCGGCGACAACCCCAACACCAACUACUCGAUAUGGCAGAUGAUGCCUGGGUGGACGCCGACAACCCCUCCAGACGAGCUCCCGGACGAGUGUGACAGCAGCAGCUCGGGCGGAAGCAAGUCGGGCUACAAGACUGCUGUCGCAGACAUGUCCCGCGCAUCCAGCUACGGGGGCAACCAGGGCGCGCAAUCCUCUGGCUACAACACCGCUGUGGCAAACCAGUCCCGCUCGUCGAGCUAUGGAGGCAAUCAAGAUGUGCUGCCCUCUGGCUACCGCACUGCCGUCGGUGGUCACUCCCGCUCACCCAGCUGGACUAUCACGCCAGAGAUGAAGGCUUUUUGCGACCAGAUUGACGGCCAACAUAGCCCGCUGCAGGACGGCCAUCAACCGCACCAGAACGGCCAGCAGCAGGAUGGCGAGCAAAGCCAGCAGCUCGAUAUCGCCGCACAGUCCGAAGAUGGCUAUGUUAUGGUGUGGAAAAUGGAGCCGAAGGCCUCUGACCACGAAUCCCAGGAUGUGGAUGCGGGUGAUGGCUAUACCGUAGUGUGGGAAAGCAAAAAAGACGACACAGAAGAGCCACAGCUUGGCGCAGGUGACGCCGAGGGAGCCACGAACGAAAAGCAAUCUGCUCACCCACAGCCCCUGCAUCAGGGCCAGGAGGCGGGGUCAGAACCUGGCCACGGUAUUGAUCAGGACCCAGAGUACGAGAUCAUAUGGCAGAGCGAUGCCGCCCUGACCGCCGAAGCCGAGAAGCAACAACAGGCUCCCGGUGUGGAUCAUGCAGGCGGCUCAGGGUACUCGGCGUCGUCGAGAUCCACACCCACACUGGCAGCGGCUCCGUGCGUCGAGAAGCAGAGUCAGGCCCUCGGCAUGAGUCUACCCGCGACCUCGGUGGGCUCAGUGGGCUCAGUGGGCUCGAUGAAGACGUUCAAGACGGCGCCGGAGGAGUGGUCGCGGCGGCCGUCGUCGGUGGUGGCGGUCUACGACAUGCCGGGACUGACGAGCAGCCCCCGCCGGGCCUCAUACACGACGGCGCUUCGCAGGAUGCCGGCGCGCACGUUUACGCAGCACCUCCGGCCGUACCAUGGGCGGCUGAGCCGGGACAGCUGGUUGCACGCGGCGCUGCGACCGCUCGUGCUGUUCUCGUACCCGGCCGUGCUCUGGGCGGCGCUGGUCUACAGCUGCUCCAUGGGCUGGCUCGUCGUGUUGUCACAGUCGGUCGCCGUCAUUUUUAUCCAAGGAUCUUACCACUUCAAUGAGCUCCAGACGGGCCUCACGUACAUCUCGCCGCUCAUCGGCGGAAUCCUCGGCACCGCCGUCGCCGGGUGGAUCUCGGACGUGAUUGUGAAGGCGAUGUCACGACGCAACGGGGGCAUCUACGAGCCCGAGUUCCGGCUCAUCAUGGCGCUGCCAGUCCUGGUCACGACAGCGCUCGGCCUGGCCGGGUUCGGCUGGUCGGCCGAGGCGGGCCGGCACUGGGCCGUGCCCACCUUCUUCUUCGGCCUCGUCUCGUUCGGCUGCUCCCUGGGCUCAACGACGGCCAUCACGUUCGUGGUGGACAGCCACCGCCAAUACAGCGGCGAGGCGCUCGUGGCGCUCAACUUUUGCAAGAACGUGCUGCACGGCAUGGUUUUCUCGCUCUUCUUCACGCGCUGGCUCGUGGCCGCCGGCGGCCGGGCCGUCUUCGUGUGCCUAGCCGCCGUCCACGUCGCGGUCCUGCUGACGACGGUGCCCAUGUACGUGUUUGGCAAGCGUGCGAGGAUGUGGACCGUGAGGAAGAACUACGUGGAGAGGUUCUGGGGCAGGCCUGGCCGGUGAGUGGUGGCUGACAGGCAGCUGGGUUGGGGCACUCGCGGCGUAGAUGGGGCCGGCACAAGACUGGGGUUCAGCUCUCAUCGAUAGACAGUUUGUAGAAGAUUGUAUAGGAUAGGCCUGCAGGCUGAUGGCACAGUGGAUUAGGUAUAGAUUGAUAUCUCG